GAAGAUCGCAAGCGAAUUAAGAUUUUAUUACUGAACACAAAGAACACCUGUUGCCAGAAAUCAGUCGAUAGAUUUAAGCCUUGGUUGCAAGUUUCAUUAUUGAAACUGAAGUUGUCCGGUCACCACAGCGAUGUCGCCACAUUUUUAUAAGGCGGUGACUCUGUGUGUCGUUAUCGUCUCUUUAUCAGGACACAGAGUGAGAAGAGACGUGAGUGACGGGUGUCAGGGUGCUGAUGGGCGCCACCACGAGGACAAGGAGGUGUUCAAGGUGGGGUGCUUCAAAUACAGGUGUGUCCACGGUCACGCAGCUCUAGAGAGGGGAGGAUGUCCGAACCCGCUCGCAUCUGCUGACUGCCUGGACAUGGGGGAGACCUACCAGAAAGACUGCUCCACCUACACCUGCGUCAUGGAACACGACGACCACUUCAUUCGAAUCACCACCCCCAGGUGCAACGUCAGUAACGAGUGUGUGAAUGUCGACACCAUCACGUAUUGCAACGAGUGCCUCCCUGGCGCCAAUGGACACCCUGUUCUUAACAAAGCAUGCAGAGUGGAGGACAAGUGCUACUCCCUGGGGAGCGUUAUCAGGGAGGACUGUGUCGAUAAGAAAUGUGUUGAAUUGCCAACGGGAGCUGAGUUUCAAGAAAUUCCAUCUCAACCAGAACGCUGCAUGUUGAACCAUGAUGGUGCAUGUCUGGAUGUGGGCACAACUCAUGACUGUCUCACCUGUAACGCCGAUCUGACAAUUACAACAGCUUGUGAGUUCCACGAUCCUGUGGAUGGCAUCAAGUGUGUACCAAAUGGACAAACAUCUCUCCAUCUGUCUGAAGGCAAGAAGCACCGCUGUGAAUGUGGCGUUCUACCCGAUCACACAUCCAUAAUGCACUGCUCAGAACCCAUAAAGGAUUAACAAUGUGUUGGCAUGUAAUCAAGGAUUAAUCACCAAAGUGAACAUCACAGUUAUCUCCUCACUGAACACAAUAAAUCGGUUGAGAGUUACCUAUCUGUACCAGUUGACUCAAGACCAAACGAA